GAGCAGCGGAAAGCGGAUGGCUCUCAGUUUCAGUUUUCGGUUUCAGUACCAGUUUGCUCUUCGUGCACAGCACAUCGAAUAUUUGUGACGACGGUAUUCAACGACGACGACGACAACAACAAAUUGUCUUUUUUCGCGAACGAAUAGAAAAAAGUGGCAAAGAAUUUGUUUACUAGUGUGAAAGCGAGUGAGUGCAGUGCCCACGGGAGAAAAGUGAAAACAACACAAAUAGAGGAGUAAAAAGCAGCCAACCGCCAAACUAACGGUACCUGCGUGUCCUUGCUGUGGAUUAAAAAGGUUUCCUACAGGCGUCUUAAGUGGCUCGCUGGAAAUCAUUGCCGGAGAAAUUCUAGAGCUCUUUGGAACCAACUCCAAGCUGCCGCUGGCGUAGCCAAGUCCCCCAAUCCAAGAUGCCGGCGGAAAUUAAACCAUCCGCGCCCGCUGACCCGGAAACGCCGACCAAGAGCAAACCCAAGACCAGCUCAUCCUCGCACGGAAAGCCUGCCCUUGCACGAGUCACCCUGCUGGAUGGAUCCCUUCUGGACGUGUCCAUUGAUCGCAAAGCCAUUGGCCGUGAUGUGAUCAACUCAAUCUGCGCCGGUCUGAACCUCAUCGAAAAGGACUACUUCGGCCUGACCUAUGAAACGCCCACAGAUCCGCGCACCUGGCUGGAUCUGGAGAAGCCUGUGUCCAAGUUCUUCCGCACGGACACUUGGCCUCUCACCUUCGCCGUCAAAUUCUAUCCGCCGGAGCCAUCCCAGCUGAAGGAGGACAUCACGCGCUACCAUUUGUGCCUGCAAGUGCGCAAUGACAUCCUUGAGGGUCGACUGCCCUGCACAUUCGUCACCCACGCUCUGCUCGGAUCCUACCUGGUGCAGUCGGAGAUGGGGGACUACGAUGCCGAGGAAAUGCCCACCAGGGCCUACCUAAAGGACUUCAAGAUCGCACCAAAUCAGACUGCCGAGUUGGAGGAUAAGGUCAUGGAUCUGCACAAGACCCACAAGGGACAAUCGCCCGCCGAGGCCGAGCUACACUACCUGGAGAAUGCCAAGAAGCUGGCCAUGUACGGCGUGGACUUGCAUCCCGCCAAGGAUUCCGAGGGCGUGGACAUCAUGCUGGGCGUUUGUGCCUCCGGCUUGCUCGUCUACCGCGAUAAAUUGCGCAUCAACCGCUUUGCCUGGCCCAAGAUCCUGAAGAUCUCCUACAAGCGCCACCAUUUCUACAUCAAGAUCCGACCGGGUGAAUUCGAGCAAUACGAAUCCACCAUUGGCUUCAAACUGGCGAACCAUCGUGCCGCCAAGAAAUUGUGGAAGUCCUGCGUGGAGCACCACACCUUCUUCCGCCUGAUGACCCCCGAGCCGGUCAGCAAGUCCAAGAUGUUCCCGGUCUUCGGGUCCACCUACCGCUACAAGGGUCGCACUCAGGCCGAGAGUACGAACACACCCGUGGAUCGUACUCCUCCGAAGUUCAACAGGACUCUGUCCGGAGCUCGUCUCACUUCCAGGAGCAUGGAUGCUCUGGCCUUGGCCGAAAAGGAGAAGGUGGCUAGGAAGAGCAGCACCCUGGAUCAUCGGGGAGAUCGUAAUGCCGAAGGCGAUGCCCACAGCCGCAGUCCCAUCAAGAACAAGAAGGAGAAGUUGAUGCGACAGUCGAGCACCGGCACGGCUUCGGCCUCCUCGCAAAGUUCCCUCGAGGGUGACUACGAGACCAACCUAGAGAUUGAGGCCAUCGAGGCUGAGCCCCCCGUUCAGGAUGCUGAUAAGGAGGCUAAGUUGCGUGAGAAGAAGCAAAAGGAGAAGGAGGAGAAGGAGCGAAAGGAGCGGGAGAAGCGUGAGUUGGAGGAGAAGAAGAAGGCCGAAAAGGCUGCCAAGGCAGCACUUGCCGCUGGUGCCGCUGCAGGAGCGGCUGUUAAUGGCAAUGACGAGCUGAAUGAUUCCAACAAGUCUGACAAGUCCUCAGGCAGACGUGGCGUUGGCAUAUUCUCUUCGGGUCGCAAGAGCAAGAGCGGUUCCCCAUCCAAGGAUGGCAAGGAUAAGUCCGGAAAGGAUAAGGACAAGGAGGUGGGUCGACUUGGUCUGGUCGUUACGUCUGGUCUGGGCGAUAAUCAGCAGGAUCAGAACCUGGACGAGGCGGCUAGGAAUGCGGCUAAGAACCGAGGAUCCACCACUCCGGGUGUCACUAGGCAGUAUGAGUAUGCUGUGGAUAAUGAUGGCAAUACCAGUCCCACAAGGAAAUCAUACACCCCUGGUGGCUUCCGCUACGAUCAGGAUCCCAACUCUAGGAAAUCCGGUGCCGAUGGCCAGGAGCAGCUGUCUCCUACCUCGCAGCAAAAGAAGAUUGGUUUGGCCUUUAACUAUGCUCCUGGUAACGAGAACGCCUUGAAGGAAACGGCUGAGAAGCUAAAGGCAGGACAGCUGUCUCCUCGCACCCAGGAUAAGCUGAACCGCGGUCAACUUUCGCCCAAAUCGCGGGCUAAGCUUCUCCAGGAUCCACUCCUCUCUCCCACCACCCGUGCUAAGCUCCAGGGCAGCGCUGUGGAUGCGGCUGCUGUUCCUCUAAGUGAUUUCCAGAAGCGAUCCUACUCGCCCACCAAGGGACCCCAGGGCUACUCCUCUGGAGCUCCAGGAAGCUACAAGCCCAUCUCAGAUCCCACGGCUGAUUUCCUGGAAUCCCAGCGCUACAACAAAGAGCCCGGAUACGUUGGUCCCUCCAAAGCUGACGUUGCUGCUGGUCUUACUGGUGCUGCAGGUGCUGCUGGCUCUAAGAAGCCUGGUUCUCCCACCAAGACAGGAAAGGGAGCUCCAGGAGCUGGAGCUGCGGCAGCAGCUGGAGCCGCAGGAGCCCCAGGAGCUGCAGCAGCGGCGGCCAAGCCGAAAAAGAGGCGUGUCAAGAUCAUGGUCAUCACCUCCAAAUUCGAUCCCUCCACCAAGCGCAUCGAUGCGGAGAACGGAAGUAUUGAGCACUCCACUGGCAUUCUAGAUCCCGCCACCGGACUCAUUGACACCAAAUAUGGCGUGAUUGAUCCCAAGAAGGGAACAUUGGAGGCUCUGAAUACCAAGACCGGAAAGAAGGAGGUAUUCCAGGGCGAUGUUGAUGGCAAGACGGGCAAUCUUCAUUUGGUAUCCGGUGUGGCGGAUCCGAAGACAGGACGCCUUGACGACACCCUUGGUCAGAUCGUUUGCAUCACACCACAGGAUAAUCCUGUCGUGGAGCUAACAGUGAUCACCAGUCGCAUCGACCCUGCAACCGGAAAGAUCGACACAGUUAACGGCGAUGUUGAGCGUUCCUUGGGCGUCCUGAACUUGGAUACCGGAUUGCUGGAUACCAAGUAUGGAGAGAUUAACACACGAACCGGCGAACUUAAGGCCAUUGAUCCCAAGUCAGGCAAGAUUGUAGUCAGCAAGAAUGUUAAAGUGGACCCGGGCACUGGCCAGAUCACCAUCCUGGGCGUUGUGGAUCCCAAGACGAACAAGAUCGAUCCGAACCAGGGUCGCCUCAUUGAGGUGGGCCAACAGAUUGACCCUAUUGUGGAGGUCACUUCUUUGGCGGGCAAGUUCGAUUCCAAGAGGAACAUCAUCGAUGCCAAGACGGCGCAGGUGGAGACCUCUGGAGGUCAGUUCGACCCGAAGGCCGGCAAGAUUGAUACCAAAUACGGACAGAUUGAUCUGGUUAAGCAUACGAUCACGUUCAAUGACCCGAAAUCAGGAAAGACGGUUACUAGGGACAUUAAGAUUGAACCAGCCACCGGACAGAUUGUCCUGAAGAACCAGGUUAAUCCGAAGAACAACAAGCCCGACAAGGAUUAUGCCAGGAUUAUCUCUUUGAGGAUCGUGCAACAGCGCGUGGAUCCGGCCACUAAGGCGCCCAUCACUGAAGUCAGUGCCUCCAAGGACAAGGACAUCGUGGUGGACCCCAAGUCCAACCAGAUUUGGGUGCCUACUGGAGCCACCGAUCCUGCCACCAAGGAGCAGCAGUACAUCUCCAGCAGCGUGGACCCCAAGACGGGAUAUGUUAUCACCAUCUAUGGCUACCUGGACCCCAAGACCAACGAGAUCAAGAAACAGACCAAGCUCGACCCCAACACAAUCAAAAUCGAACCCACGUCUGGAAAGAUAUACACUGCCACCGGGGAGGUGGAUCAGGCCACCGGGGAGCCGUUGUACGCGGCCACCCAGGUCGAUCCCGAAUCCGGCGAGGUUUACACCAAGCUGGCCCGCGUCGAUCCCAAGACGGGCAAGAUCGUGAUCGUGCGCAUCCUGCUUAUCUCGAAGACCGACGAGCGUGGUCGCCCUGAGGAGAUCGAUCCCUCCACAUGCGAAAUCGAUCCCGUCUCCGGCCGCGUUCUUAAAUUCUUCAAUAAGACCGUUUAUGUUUACAAUAUGAUUGACCCUGUGACCGGUGAAAUUGUUCAGGUGGACCCCAAUGACCCGCGUUUCGCUGGCGCCCGCACCACGGUGACCCACACGAUGACGCUGACAGGAGAGAUUGACCCCGUGACCGGCAGGAUUAAGAGCGAGUAUGGCGACAUUGACCCGAACACGGGAGACAUUGAUCCCGCCACGGCUGUCACGGAUCCCGUGACCGGAAAACUGAUCCUCAACUAUGCCCAGAUCGAUCCCUCCCACUUCGGCAAACAGGCGCAGGUGCAAACCACCACGGAAACGGUACCCAUCACCCGCCAGCAGUUCUUCGACGGAGUCAAGCACAUAAGCAAGGGCGCUCUACGGCGGGAUUCCGAGGGCAGCUCCGAUGACGACAUGACCGGACAGUAUGGUACCGACCAGGUCAAUGACGUCUUGAUCGGCAGUCCGGCGGGACAGUCGGGCGGCAAGCUGGGCAAGCCAGUGAGCACGCCCACGGUGGUGAAGACCACCACCAAACAGGUGCUGACCAAGAACAUCGAUGGCGUGACCCACAAUGUGGAAGAGGAGGUGCGCAACCUGGGCACCGGCGAGGUCACCUACUCCACGCAGGAACACAAGGCUGAUGCUACACCCACCGACCUGAGUGGCGCCUAUGUCACGGCCACCGCAGUCACGACCCGCACCGCCACCACGCACGAGGAUCUGGGCAAGAACGCCAAGACAGAGCAGCUGGAGGAGAAGACGGUGGCCACCACCCGCACCCACGAUCCCAACAAGCAGCAGCAGCGCGUCGUCACCCAGGAGGUGAAGACGACGGCGACGGUCACCAGUGGGGAUCAGUAUCAGAGGAGGGAUAGCGUUUCCUCGACCAGCUCCGGCGAUUCGGGCACGCCCAUCGACGGACCCUACGAUGGUGCCAGUGUGGUGCGCACAGAUAACCAGAAAUCUCCGCUCUUUACGACCUCCGCCACCACUGGACCCCAUGUGGAAAGCACCCGAGUGGUUCUGGGUGAGGACACACCCGGUUUCUCCGGACAUGGCGAAAUCAUCUCCACCCAAACCGUGAGCAGCAAAACCCGCACUGUGGAAACCAUUACCUACAAAACCGAACGCGAUGGCAUUGUGGAGACCCGAGUGGAACAGAAGAUAACCAUUCAGUCCGAUGGAGAUCCGAUCGAUCAUGACAAAGCCUUGGCCGAGGCAAUACAAGAAGCGACGGCCAUGAAUCCGGACAUGACAGUCGAGAAGAUUGAAAUUCAGCAGCAAACGCAGUAGAUUUUAUAAUUAUUUUUAAACCAUUCGGAGGAUUUUCUAAGUAAACCCGCACACACUCACACACAUGAACACCAGCCCACGCAUACGCAGCACUUGCAGUACACCUUUUAUACAACCUAUAUCUAAAUAUAAAUCUAUAAAAAUAUAUAUAUACACACACGAGUGUAUAUUUGACCUCGAGCUGAUGACCCACAUGACAUAACACUAAGAAAUAUGAAAGAUAAAUUCCCAAUUAUCCGUUACCGCUACCGUCUACGAGAAAAUGCAUCUACAUGUUUAUAAUUUUUAUUACAACUGUUGUUUAUAAUUACUUUUUAUUACCUAUAUUAUAUAUUGAAUGUGCAAGGCAACGUUGAAAUGAAAACUCUAUAUAUUGUAAACCACGAUUGCAUUCAAAUACAAGAAUAAAACCUAAAUGUACACACACAAAAA